AUGCCGCCGAGGUUUAGAAGAGGUAGAGGCAAAGCCCCAGUGACGGGCCAUGACCACGAGGCCGGGCCUUCCCACCGGCGCACACCAUCGAUCACCAUGAGCACUAGCCCCCAAGAACCUUGGAGGACCUACAUAGAACCAGGGAGGCGAUCUGUCUCUCUAAGCUCAUCACCGUCUUACCACCACUCAUUCGGGCCACAGUCUGAAAAUAAGCCCAACAACCCCCAACCUUCAUUCAUACCUCUUCAGCGAUCGAAUUCGCACCAUUCAUUCGGCGACCCCACUCCUGCUUUUCAGAGCCGGUUCAACUCGGCUAACUACAUUCAAGAGCCCGUGGGUUUUAACCCAUUGGGACCAGAGGACCACUUCUCCAGCGAUCACGUCAUGGAUAUGGACGAGGACACAGACCCCGUCGAACCAGCAACCGGGACCCCAAACCACCCCAUCGAGAUCUCUGAUGGGUCCUCGUUUCAUGGAUCGCCUUACCGCGGUUCGGAUAGCUAUCAGGCGAGGUUCAACCAGAUUGAGUGGUAUUUUACACCCUCUGGGCACUCGUCUCCAUACCACCAGCAGCAGCAGCAGAAUCCUUCUGUGGAUUCUCACUUUGUGGCAGUCACUCCGCCGCCAUCACCACCAGUACAGCAGCCGCCUCUAGAACCACCGAGGCCACGAAGAUCAAACGCAUGGAUGUCCGUGCGGGGAGAGGUCGACCCAUAUCAAGCAGCAUGGGAUUACAAUGCUCUUCAUCCUGAAGGGCCAUACGGUGGUCCUUGGACCACUGGGUACCCACCUUAUGUGUACCAGCACCCGUCACCUCCUCAACCUCUGUAUCAGCAGCCGCCGCAGCCGCAACUGAUCCUGCCGGAACGCCAACAAGAGGUUCUCGAUAGAUUGGACAAAUGUGAGCGGGAUAUUCAAGCAGAUCGCAGAAACAACCGAGGCUUCUUCAAGGGUUUGUCAGACCUGAUCAAGGGGAAGUCCAAACGAAGGGAUUAUUGA